AUGCCCCUCUUUCCGGCGUGGAAACAGAAAUUCGUCUCCACCCUUGCUCACUUCAUGAUCAUACCCGCAUAUUCCAGAACGCCACCGCAGCUGCGAGAACAUUCUCCUUCCGAAACAAGACUAUCGUCCGUUCAGGCACUCAACAGGCAGGUAUCGGAAUCAGCCUCGUCUCCUGGACCAGCAUGUGAUAGCGAUUGUGGCAGACACGCCUCAUUGCUGCCCGAAGCGAUAUUGCACCUCGACGGCGUCUGCAUCUACCCUUCCCAGCCAAUCAAUAUCGUUGUGAAACACUACAGACAUUCCUCUCGUCGUCCCCCAGCAUUCUACUUCACACAUCCUGUCCACUCACAGCUCGACCUCCAGCAGUCUCGCGUAUCGCGGCUGAGCAGACAGACCACCCACGUCCAAUCCGAGCCCAUCGUUCAAAACUUAAAAUCGCAUGCCCACCCAUUCGUUGAGCGUAGAAAGAAUGACCGCCUCGUCUAUCCGCAGAUGUACUCAUUGGAAGGCCAUCUCCGGCCCGCUCCAACCAUAUUCCUGGUGCCUCAUGGACCCCAUCGCUCCCGCUAUCCCGCCAACAAUGCAUGGCAGAUCUACCGGCAGAGUGACGAAAGUGUAGCGUAUCGACUACUGCACGCGGCUCAUGCAUGUCUCUCGAUGAAAGCGGCAGUCGUAUGCAAGGUACUGGAGCAUGGGCCAAGGGCCAGUGAAGCUUGUUGCAACGUCUUGCCAUCGGAUCUGACGGUCUUCCAGGACGCAUUUUCAAAAUACACAAUGAAAGGUAGUCGUUUCGUCGUAAGAAUUGUUCAGAACAUCCACCCAGCGCCGUGAAAUAUCAGAAAUUCGUGGCAAUCAGUAGUCGACCGGUGCCGGAUAUCGGUCGCUUGCAGCUCGAUACUGGUCUGGGUAUUUUUCUGCAGCGCGACGAUUC